UGCUCCUCAGGCGCCUCUCUCUUGCCGGUUUGGCCAGUUUUAUUGCUCUUCAACCUUAAGAAUCUCUGAGGACAGCGUGUGAGAACCUGGACCCCGACAUGAGGAGCUCGGAAUAGUCUCUUCCCUUGGGAGAGGAGCAGGGGGAAGUCCUCUAGAGAGGGGGACUGAGUUUUCCAUGGGGGGCGCUGAGGUUCCACCCCUCCUGCCUCAAAUCCAGGAAUUUCCCAUCUGGUUUCCACGGGCCCUGCCACGGGUGGGGGCCCAGGUCGGGCCAGAGGCAGAGCCGAGGGGGUCACAGCGAGGAGCCCGAGAGACACAAGCAGGGAGUGAAUUCUUGUAAGGUAGACAGAGAGGGGCUGACUGGCCACCUCAAGGGUGGUUCAGCAAAAGUCACUGAGGUCCAGGGGCGAGGCAGCAUCUACCCUGGCAAGGCCCCAGACAAGUCUCUUUUCUAACUAGGCGCUGGCGCUGGCGCGAGCACAUGGAAAGAUUUUUGAAGUCCAGCUUUACAGGCUAACUCUGCCCAUCUGGGCUCUUGAACAAAUGACCUUUGGCUGUGGACAGCUCCCCUUUGCUACCAGUUCCUGCAUGGAAACACAUGGAUGUGCCCAGGAGUGGGCACUGCCAUCUGUGCUGACCUUCCAGACAUCCGGCGACUUGUGCUGCCCACUUCUGCCUAGGGCACAGGCAUUUCUGAGAGCCUGAUUUUAGGCAGUUAAGGCUCCCUUCUCCUGCUUCCCGGCCUCUCCUGGGAAAGCAUGAUCUCUGCCUGAAGGAUUUAUUGAUUUGUACCAACUAACCAUUUCCCUUCAUGAAAUGUUAGCUCAAACUGGAUUUGCCUUUGAAUCUAACAAGAUGCAAUCUAGUUCUUAGCCCAGUGGGGCUGGGAGAGAAACCUCUGGGAUCUUUUUGCCAGAAGGAAGAAGGUGCCAGUGUUUGUUCAUUAAGACAUUCGGGGUUACCGGGUAGCAAGUGGCUGAGAGGCCAAAGAAUUAGGGGAGACCAAAAGGAGAAAGAGGCAGGCAGGGUCCAGGUACUAGGGGAGCACCUCGGGGUGUCUUUGCUCCUCCGCCAAGGAAAAGCAGCUUGGGAGAAAGCAGAGUCCAGGCCAUGACUCCAUGUUGCCGGCUCUGUGCAGGCAAGGCUCUAAAAAGGGGGCCAGGCAGCUGACCCGUGUCUGCCUCGUCCGUUCAGGGUCAUCCUGCCCGGCUGCCGUCGAGGCUGGGCACGGCUGGCUCCAUCCGAGAGCACUACGAGCCCAUCUGAAGGAUUCUCUCCAUUGGGGGGAGACCAUCAGCAGUCCCACAAGUGAGCCUCCCCAAAGUCUCACCCAUUCCUACUGAAUCGGAGAGCAGUUCACAGGCCCAUGGGGCACUAACAAACCUGUGGAAACUACCAAGUCCUUCCUCAAGGAAAGAGGAGCCGGCAGGACGGGGUUCCAGAAGGCCCAGGAUUGGGUUUGGGGCACGUUGUUAAGGCCCCCAAAGGCAGGCUCAGAGGGGCUCCUGCUCGGAUACCUGAGCUGCCUGGACCCCCAUUCCCACAAUCUUCAAGAUGGCAGAGAUUUCCAAGAUCAACACGCCAAGCCCCCGGGCUCUCCCGGGAGGGAAAGUGACUGGCUCAUGAACUGGAACAGACAUCUGGCUAAAAAGUAUUUGCUGCCUGAUGAUUACUCUUAUUCCAUUUGGGGUGGGGAGGCUUUAAAAAGCUGUCACGGAGGUUUUCCUACCACCAGAUUCUUCCAGUAGACGUCUAGAGUUUAACGAGAAGUUUUGGCUCCGAUACAAACAGUGAUGGAAAACAUAUGAGCAAUAACAAGCCUUAAUCUCGCUCCUCAGUACUAAAAUGGGAUAAUCUGGAGAAGCCGUUUAUUCCAGUAUCACCCAGGGUGCCAGCUGCACCGGGGAAGGCGCCUCCGGAACACCUUCCCCUCUUCUCUCCUCCAGGGAAGCGGACCCAUUCCGGUGACCUUAAGCUCGGCGCGAGCUGGAGAACAAGGCUGUCGGAGGACCGUUCCAGCCUUACAAGACCCGGAGCCUCCUCGGAGCAGACAUGAAGGAAUAUGUGCUCCUCUUGCUGCUGGCCUUGGGCUCGGCCAAACCCUUCUCCAGCCCUUCGUAUCUGACCCUCAAGAACAUGAUGCUCAAGGACAUGGAGGAUGCAGACGACGACGAUGAUGACGAUGAUGAUGAUGAGAAUUCCCUCUUCCCAACCAGGCAGCCCAUCAUGCCCUUCUUUCCUUUCGAUCUGUUCCCGUCGUGCCCCUUUGGAUGCCAGUGCUACUCCAGGGUCGUCCACUGCUCUGACCUGGGUUUGACAUCGAUCCCAAACAACAUCCCAUUUGAUACCAGAUUGAUAGAUCUUCAAAACAAUAAAAUCAAGGAGAUCAAAGAGAAUGACUUUAAAGGACUCACUUCCCUUUAUGGCCUCAUGCUAAACAACAACAAGUUAACCAAGAUCCAUCCCAAAGCCUUUCUGCCCGUCAAGAAGCUUCGAAGGCUCUACCUGUCCCACAACCUGCUCACCGAGAUUCCCAUAAACCUUCCCAAGUCAUUGGCAGAACUCAGGAUUCACGACAACAAAGUUAAGAAAAUACAAAAGGAGACGUUCAAAGGAAUGAAUGCUUUACACGUCUUGGAAAUGAGUGCCAACCCGCUGGAGAACGAUGGCAUCGAUCCCGCAGCCUUUGAGGGAGUGACAGUCUUCCACAUCCGGAUUGCGGACGCAAAGCUGACCUCCGUCCCCAAAGGCCUCCCGUCCUCUCUGCUGGAGCUUCACUUGGACGACAACAAAAUCUCCACCGUGGAGCUGGAGGAUUUUAAGCGGUACAAAGACCUGCAAAGGCUGGGCCUCGGGAAUAACAAGAUCAAGGACAUCGAGAACGGCAGCCUGGCAAACAUCCCGCACGUGAGGGAAAUCCACCUGGAGAAAAACAAGCUGAAAAAGGUGCCCCCUGGCCUGCAGGACCUGAAAUACCUCCAGGUGAUCUUCCUCCAUCACAACAACAUCACCAGAGUUGGGGUCAAUGACUUCUGCCCCACAGUCACGAAGAAGAAGAAAUCCUUAUACAGUGCCAUCAGUCUCUUCAACAAUCCCGUGAAAUACUGGGAGCUGCAGCCGGCCACCUUCCGCUGUGUCUUAAGCCGAAUGAGCGUCCAGCUCGGGAACUUCCGAAAGUAGGGCUCGGGAAGGAACCCGCCCCCACACCAAGGCCUCUAGGGAAACGCUUUCAGGAUACUUGAAGUCUGUUAAGGUUGGACAAGUCUUAGCCCGAGUUCAGCUUACAAAGCAGCUCUCUUUGAUUGGACGUUGUAAACAUGGCACCCGAUUGGAUGAGUCCUUCCUUAAUUUACUUGACAAAAACCAUGGCAGAAUUUCCAAAGUAGGUAGAGACCCAGAACUAUAGAGCUUAGCUUCUUUUUACAGAGAUAAUGUCCGAUGACACGCUUCCUAAUUUUUUUUUUUACUAAAAAUGCAAGAUUAAUAGGCCAAACUUUUGCCCUUAUGCCUUUUUUACUAACCAUUCUGAAUAGGAGAAUAAUGCAUGUGGGAUAUUAAAUUCUGCAGGUCCCAAAAACCGAACCGACAAGAACAAUGCCAUCCGGGGCUACAACCCGGCCAGGGCCUUGUUCUGCCCCUGAGGAAUCAGGAAGUACUGUAAUGUAGCCCUUCUAAGGCAUUAGCAGAACUGGAUAAUAGGAAAAGGAACUCCUCCCAGCUCAAGGCGGGGCAUCCCAGAGGCCCAGCUCAGUCACUGCUGUUCCAGGCGGGCUCCAAGCCAUCACGUUUGCCUUCCGCGUAACCACAGAACCUACGUAGAAAACUAUAUAUGUAGCGAGUUAGUGAGCUUCUAUUAGAACAAGCCUAUAAUCGCCUCCUCCAUUAUAUAUCUCUCUAUGCUUCUCAUGUCGUAUUGCUAGGCCAUGUGCAAUUACACAGUGUAACCUCACUACCUGGGGCCUCUUGGGGGGUCGGCGGAGCCCACCUUCGGGACCAUCUCUUCCCGGCAACCAAAGCUUGCCUGCAGGCCGGUCAAACCGGGUAGCAUUACAAAAUAUUUGUUCUAAGAGAUCUGUAGCUCUGUAAAAUAUACAAAUAUUUAAGGUUUUGUAUAAAACUGAGGGAUAUUGUCUGUAUCUCCUUACCUCCAUAUUUAUUAGUAGCAGUCCAGCUAAGUUAAGUCAAAUUUGAGAAUAAGGAAUAUGUUAUUAAAAGGGUCUGAUUCAUAUCCAA